AUGGGACGAAAGGCUGAAGUUCAGCGUGUAGCACUUGAGCGCCUUAUGGGUCCUGAGAUGAUGGGCACGGCAGAAAAAGACGUGCAUUUCACGGAUCCUAAAAAAAUGGACUUGGGGCCUUGUCCCAAAUCACACUUACCACGCUAUAAAGAAAUGUACGAUGCAGCAGUAGAGCGUGGUGAAACAUUUCCUCAGAUUGUCGCAGACUUCCAGCGAAAUAUACACAUGUUUGUGGGCGAUAUUGACCGCAAGAUCGGCUCUAAUAAACGGAGGCUCGAGCAGACACCUGAGGAAAUGGAACGCUUUAAUGCAAUGAUGCGGGAUAUCAACGAAGUGCAAGAGGCUAUCACGGCAGCAACCAAUGAAAUGGAGUCGCUUGGUGAGCAGGGUCGCGUAGAAGAGUCGCUCAAGGAACUCGAAAAAGUAGAGGCACUGAAGGCAGAGCGCGCAGACAAAGAGAAGGAGCUCCAGACGCUGCAAGAGAACAGUGGUGCUAGUGGCCAUCAAAAGCUGCGAGUAUGCGAUAUCUGCGGUGCAUACCUAAGUAUUUUGGACUCAGACCGCCGACUUGCCGAUCAUUUUAGCGGGAAAAUGCACGUCGGAUACCAGCGCCUGCGUGAUUUGCUAGUCGAUAUUCAGAGACAGCAGCGUUCUCCUGGAGUUCCAGACGGUAGUAGCAACGCCGCACGCGAUCGGCGGCGGAGCAGGUCUCCUCCCACAGGCCGAUUAUCAUAG